AUGGAGAGGACCCGCGCCGAGGUGGACGCGACACUGCAGACCGCCAAGCUGGACGCGGCCGAGCUGCUGCCCGCCGCGCACUGCCUGCGCUUCGGGCCCGCGGCCGCCGGCGACGUGUGCCUGCUGGAGCUGGAGCCCGCGCUGUGCGGGCGGCUGCAGGCGGGGCACAGUCUAGUGAUUCGUGGUGAUAAGGAUGAGCAGGCCGUUCUGUGCAGUGAAGACAAAACAUACGACUUGAAAGUAGCAGACACUUCCAACAUGUUGCUUUUUAUUCCCGGUUGUAAAAUUCCAGAGCAGCUGAAGAUGGAAGAAACACACUGUAACAUCAUUCACACUGAGAUCUUUGGUUUUUCUAACAACUACUGGGAAUUAAGAAGAUGUAGACCUAAACUAAAGAAGUUAAAGAAACUUUUGAUGGAAAAUACCUAUGAAGGGCCUGACAGUGAAAAGGAAAAGGAUUCCAGUCACUUAAAAUAUACGACUGGAGAUUUGCUUGAUCAAAUUCAGGCAAGUGAGGAAGAGAUAAUGACCCAGUUACAAGUUCUCAACGCCUGUGAGAUUGGAGGUUAUUGGAGGAUUCUCGAAUUUGAUUAUGAGAUGAAACUUCUGAAUCAUGUAACUCAGCUUGUGGAUUCUGAAUCUUGGUCUUUUAGCAAAGUUCCUUUGAAUACGUGCCUUCAGGAACUUGGGCCAUUGGAACCAGAGGAAAUGAUUGAACACUGUCUUAGAUGUUAUGGAAAGAAAUACACAGAGGAAGGCGAAGUUUAUUUUGAACUGAGUGCAGAUAAGAUAUGCAGAGCCACAGCACAGAUGCUACUUCAGAACGCAGUGAAAUUCAACCUCGCUGAGUUUCAGGAGGUAUGGCAACAGAGUGUUCCCGAAGGAAUGACAACGAGGCUUGAUCAGCUUCAGGGUUUGGCCUUGGUAGAUAGACAGUCAAGACCAGAAAUCAUAUUUCUGCUGAAAGUGGAAGACUUGCCUGAGGGGGAUCAGGAACGGUUCAGUAGUCUGUUCUCUCUGAGAGAGAAGUGGACAGAAGAAGAUAUUGCUCCAUAUAUUCAAGAUUUGUGCGGAGAGAAGCAAACCGUUGGUGCACUGCUCACAAAAUAUGCUCGAUCUUCAAUGCAAAAUGGUGUCAAGGUUUAUAACUCAAGAAGACCCAUUUCUUGAAAAGAACAACAGUUUUUUCUUUGGGACUAAAGUUGCUGGAUAUAAGAAAGUGUUUUUUUAUGUAUUUGUAUUGCAGACUUUGAAAAACUGAAUGCUGUGAGGCCUUUUCUCCUCAUCUUCAGUAUUUUAAAACUAUUGCUCUGUUUUCGUAAAAGUGAUAGGAUAUUUUAU